CGGGCAACCACCCUAUCAAGGCCGUAAGUCAUGACGCCGCGGGCUGUGCAUCUACUCCUAUGUACAGAUCGACCGUGCCAUACUUGGCAGUCAGAGAGAAACCUGUAUUAAUACUUGCCAGAACCCUACGGCCAGCAGCCACAGUAUCAACAAGGACCUCCCCAAGGCUACGGGCAACCUCCAAUGCAUAACCAACAGUAUCCACAGCAAGGUCAGUACGGCGCCCCUCCACCACAGCAGCAAUGGGGCCAACCUCCACCUGGACAAUACGGUGCGCCACCACCUAACCAGUAUGGCGGACCACCUCAAGGCGGCCAGUAUGGAGCUCCACCUCAGCAGCAGCAGCAGUGGGGUCAGCCGCCGCCUCCGCAGGGUCAGUACGGUGCACCACCGCCAGGCCAAUACGGCGCACCUCCACCGGGACAGUAUGGCGCACCGCCUCCACAUGGGCAGUAUGGAGCACCACCGCAAGGACAGUAUGGAGCUCCCCCGCAACAGCAACAGUAUGGUGCGCCGCCACCAGGCCAGUAUCAACCUCCACCCCAGCAGCAACAGUUUGGACCUCCAAACCAGCCUUCGCUUGGGUACGGGCCUCAGCAGACCGCUAACAUCGAUGUUAUACGGGAUGUCGAGGCUAUUCGCAAGGCCAUGAAGGGCUUCGGAACCGACGAGAAGGCACUCAUUGCAACACUAUCAAAGAAAGACCCUAUUCAGAUCAACACCAUCCGCACACAAUACGAUCAGAGACUGAUGAGAAGCAUGGUCAGCGAUCUCGAGAAAGAGACGAGCAGCUACUUCAAAGAGGGCCUUGUGGAAAUCGCCCGCGGCCCUUUAACCGCUGACGCUUACAACCUCUUCAACGCCAUGAAAGGCAUGGGCACCAAAGAAGCCAUCCUCGACGACAUCCUCAUCAACCGCAGCAACGCCGACAUCAAUGCCAUCAAGCAAGAAUACCAGCGCCUCUUUAAGAAACCCCUCGAAAACGAUCUGCGCGGCGACCUCAGCGCGGCGACGGAGCAGAUGUACAUGAUGAUCACCGCCGCCCGGCGCGCGGAGGACUCGGCACCCGUCAUCCCCCAGGAGAUCGAACAGGCUGUUACAGACCUGCAAACUGGUAUUGGUAACAUGGUUAGUAAGAACGCCGCGCAGGUCUGCCAGAUCCUUACCGCCAAGAACGAUGCGCAACUGCGCGCCAUCGCACAAUCCUACCAGCAGCGCUUCCGCAAGGACCUCCACACCGUCUUGAAGAGUGCAUUCUCCGGGCACAUGGAGGACGCACUCCUCUUGUUGCUCGCGCGUGCACAGAACCGUGCGCUUGCUGAGGCGGUGAGAUUGGAGGAGAGCAUGGCGGGUAUGGGAACCAAGGACCAGCUGCUCGUACAGCGCGUGGUCAGAUGCCACUGGGACCGCAACUUCAUGAACGCGGUCAGCAACGAGUACAGGAAGAAGUAUGGUAAGGACCUUGUCAAGAGGAUUGAGGGUGAGACACGAGGGGACUACGAGAAGCUUAUGGUUGCGUGCGUUAAGCCCUAAGCAAGGCUUUCUGUCGGGAUAUCAUAACGGACGGGUUGGACAGCUUGGAUUGCAUUAUAUCAUUUUUCAUUCUUGUUGAGGUGGGCAACUGAGGCUUGUGUGCCCAUGGUGGGAGGUGGGGGAUCUUGAAUACACGUUUUCUUCUCAGAGUUAGUUCGUUCU